UUUACACAUAUCUACAAUUGACCACAUUGACGGGAAAUAAGAAGAAAUUGUAACAAGACUUAUUAUCUUUUACUUCAGUAUAAUUUUAGUUUAAGUUAAUUAAUUAACGAUUCAAAAGUGACAACAUUUUUAAAACGAGAAUAAAUAGAUAAAAACGUCAAAUGGCUGAAAGGCUUGAAGAUCUUAAUUUACCAAAUGCAGUUGUAACAAGAAUUAUAAAAGAGGCAUUACCAGAAGGAGUUACAAUUGCUAAAGAUGCUAGAACUGCAGUAGCAAAAGCAUCUUCUAUUUUUAUAUUAUAUUUAACAUCAUCUGCAAAUAUAAUUGCUAAAAAAGGAAAUCGUAAAACAAUAAGUGGUCAGGAUGUUAUUCAGGCAAUUAAUGAUAUAGAAUUUAACCAGUUCGUAGAUCCCUUGCAGGAAUCUUUAGAAAAUUUCCGUAAAGCUCAAAAAGAAAAAAAAGAUGCAACAUCUAAAAAAAAAACAACAGAAGAAGGAUGAAGAUGAUAUAAUAGAGGAGGAAGAUGGAACAAGAGAAG